ACUUAAAGUAUUUUUAAAUGAAAAAUAACAUAAUUGUUUGACUAAUUUAAUCCAUCUCUUACUUCUGAUGGCAAUUCAUCGUUGACAAGUUGAGACAAGUCUUAGGCUGCCCCUGUUUUUUGUAAACUACCAGACCUUAAGAUGAAAUCCUACUCAGAAGUGGCCGACAUCGUUUCAAAAGUACAGAAGUUGGCACAAAUCAAAGAAUUGUUACAAAAAGUCUUAGAAAGUAUUGAUUCGGUGAAGGAAAAAUGCGAAUUGUGGAUUGAGGAUAAAGAAAAUUUAAGUUAUACGGAAAUUAAACAAUUCAUAAAUUGCAAAACUUCAGAAGCAUUGCAUAAGUAUUUCAGUCAAGCUGGAAGUAACAUUGAAAAUUUAGCUCAAUCUGCGCACUCUUUAGAACGAAUGGACAAAGAAAACCAAACUGAUGACACUGAACUAUCAGCUUCACUUUCUCAAGAACUUCAGAGUUUGAGAGCCAAUAUUGACACUUUAAGUUCGGAGGUUUUAUUACAAAGUAAAGAGUUGAAAAAAUGUGAACAAAAGUUCAAAGAUCAAGAAACAAAAAAUAAAACACUGGAGGAGACUUCAACCAAAACGUUGGAUGCUACACAAGAUGUGGACAAACGUUUAAAUGAGCUCAAGGAAGAAGUUAGGAAUGAACUCCAAGCCACUAGUACUUUUAUGUCUCGACUUCAAACUUUCUCAAUGGAAUUUAAAGAGAUUAAAGAAGUACAUGAGAAAAAGAUGGAAGAUUUGAGCGCUGAAAUAAUUGAUCUAAGAAACACAAUAUCAACUUUCUUCCAGAAACAGGAUGGUUUGGAGGCCGAGCAAGAAAAUUUGAAAUCUAAACCAAGAGACAAAAUGCUAAUACAAGAAAACUUAGCGGACUUUUUUAAAAGAGUACAACGGCUUGGGAGAGACAUUGAAACCCUGAGAUGGAUUAACGUACCUGAGUUUUAUUGCAAGAAAUCUGGCCAAUCUGAUGUCAAAUGUACAGGAAACUGUUUUCAUGUAAUAGGUCAUCAUGAACAACAAAUAUCAGAAGGUGGAGAAGCUGAUCUACUAACACAUCUGGCAGAUUGCAACAAGAGUCUAGGUCACAAAGACUUCAUACCUGUUGAUAGAUUCAGUUUGGAGCAUCUACCUCCAGGUUACCAAAACACUGAUAUGUAUGAGCUUAUUAAAGUUGUAGCUGACCUGACAGUAAGAGUGAGUGUCAAGAUGACCAGUCCACGCAGACCUGAGUUUUGGCCGAACACAAAAAUUCCAUAUUUUGUAUACAACUUAAAAGGAAGUCAACAUUUAAGAACCGGAAGUGGGAUCAUAACUGACGUAAUGAAAGGAAAUAACGUACUAUGUACAUGCCACAAAUGUCAACAUUCAGACAAACCAAACAUAGACUGGUGGAGAAUAGAAGUACAAACAGCUGGCAGUUUAGUUUUUGAUGACAUCGAGGCCAAUCACACGACCAUAAGAUUGUUUUAUGAUACAGAGAAUUGUGAAGAGAUCGUUCUGAAUCAGGAAGACAUCACUUCGUCUAAAAGUCAAACUGAAAGGAGUCGUUUGAUAACAUUUUUGACCUGUGAUAGAAAUAUUGUCCAAAAAAUUGCAAAAAUGAUCGAUCAAUAUAAUAAUUUGUUUUCGAAAGUAAAUAUUAGUACAGAAGUUGAGAACUUUAUGUUUAUAGUGUCACAUCCUCAUGGAUGUUGCAAACAGAUAAGCAUCGGUCAAUGGAAAGACAGGUACAAUACAUUUGGCCGCCCUUUUUCAAACGUCUUUUUGUACUCUACAUGUACAUGCCCUGGAAGUGAAGGUGCCUCUGUCCACUGUGUGGACUAUGGGAAAUAUAUCCACCAAGGAAGUUUAAAAUCAGGACUAAAUUAUAGCUGUUACACUAGUUCUUAGGAUCGUUGUAACUGUAAAUGUGUUUUGGAAUUUUGUUUCAGUGUCCAUCAUUAUCAUCACCUUUCUUUUGCGUUCUUCGUGGAACAUAUAGCCCCAGUAAAAGGACGUCACUCUUCACAGUCUCUUGCUAGCUUUUUUAAUUUUCUUCCUUGCUCUUUCCUGUUCUCUUGGCUUCAUCUAGUACUUUGCAAAGUCGCAACAUUCUUGUUGACUUUCCUCUGCGUCGUGUGCCCCGGGGGUUCCACUCUAAGGCCUGUCUAGCUUAGUUGUUGGUACCUUUUCUAAGGGUGUGACCAAUCCAUCUCCACUUUCUCUCUAAGAUCUGCACCUCUGUAUUUCUCUGUCCGCCCAUCUUAUAUAGCUUGGUGUUUUCUAGUUUGUCGUACCAGUGUAUGUUCAAUAUACAUCUCGGACAUCUGUGGAUGAAGGUCUGUACUUAUUUUUGUUGUUGUUGCAUCAGUUGUUCUUCAUGUUUCAGAACCAUACAGUUGGGCAGCCUUGAAAUUAGAAUUAAGGAUUCCUAUUUUAGUCUUGUUAGAGAUGUGGGGGAGAUUUCCAUCUUGGUUUUGGGUGUCUAAAUGUCUGACGCGAUAGAUUUAUAAGGAGUUUAUAGUGUCUUCAUCUGUUCCACUGACUACACUCCCAAUGCAUAUAAAACUAUCUAUGGUCUAAGAAGCCAAUUCUAUGUCUCCAUUUUUUUUUGUUUUAUUUAAGUACUUUUGCUUUUUGUUGAAUCCUACUCUUUUUCCUAGAUCACUUAAAGAUGUGAACUUUUCUUUCAUAUCCUGAAAUCUGUGUUGAUAAUAAAACUGUCAUCUGCGAAUUCCUGAUCUUAAGCUUUUGUGUGGAAGUUCACUGGAUUCCUUUCCAGCAUUAACACUGUUAAUAUUUGUAAAAAAUUUAAAGAUACAUCUAGUUUGUUUAAGCUAGGGGUAAUAUAAAUCAGUUCUAAACUUUUCUUAUUGAAGGUGCUAUGUCUGGUCUCUCCAUAUUGUAAUUUAGAUUGUUGUCAAGUUUAUAGCCUAAUGAGGGAAUGAGAAACUGCGCGCUAUAAAAGUAGUUCGUUUUUUUUUAAACUUACAAUUAAAACGAAGUUCGUAUUAAAAUUCUUUUUAAAAACAACAUUUGAAUCAGUUUUGUAUUCCAUGAGGUAGUUAAUAAGUGGAAAAUCUCUUUUAUAAUGAUCCGUUGAUACUUUUUCCAUUGUGACCUUAGAUGCAAUAUUUUGUACCAAUGCGCAAAUCUAUGAAUGAAGCUUGAUUUAUAAAUGCAGAAGUCUGUGACCUUUAUUAAAACACUUACCUCCCCUGAAGUUUAUCUUUUCUAUCAUCUUAGAAUUGAAUUAGAGUUUUAGACCUAGGAAUAGAGAGAUGUGUAGCAUUUCGGGUAAUGUCUAAUGAAAGAAUGUACGUCAGGAAUACUAAAUUCGCAGAUAUAAGGAACGAAUUAAUGUAAAAAUACUUUUUAAACACAAAUUCGAAGGUUAAUUUUAUUAAAUAAUGAACUUAAUAGAUUAUAUUUUUUAUUUUCAUUUGUCAAAGUAAAAAACUAUCUGCGCAAAGUGUAGUUUUAAAAUUUAGAUCUAGAUCUAGAUUCGUUCUAUCUUUUCUCAUGUAAACAUGGCCUAGAUCGAUGAAGUUAUAUUACUUUCAUAGAGUUGGUCAACUUUUUUUUGAGGGUCUUUAGUUUGUUGUAGGGCUACAAUACAUAAACUACGGUCUAAGUUAGUACCCAAGGAACAUUUAUGCCAAUUUUUAACAAGAUUGGUCAAACGGUUUUGUUUGAUUUCUAUUCGGGACAUACAUACAUACGCCUUACGUUCUACUUUAUAGUAAAUAUAUAUAUAUAUAUAUAUAUAUAUAUAUAUAUAUAUAUAUAUAUAUAUAUAUAUAUAUAUAUAUAUAUAUAUAUAUAUUGUUACGAUCUUCUCUAUCAGGCCUAAUGUAAACACUGCUAAACACAGCACAGCAGAUCUAACACCAGAACUUGACAACAAGAGCUUCAAUAAACAAUUUGGCGGUUUAAUGACAAAUACAUGAAAAGCCAAUACAACAAAAAUUCAAAUACUUUAACACGAUAGAACUGCCUACUAAACACUGCAAGUCUUUCUCUGUCUACUUCUUGACUCGUACAGCUACAUUUUCAAGGACUCACUUCGUAGCACACUGUCCUUACUGCCUUGCGUCCUGGACUCAACUGUCCUUUCUAACACACUGUCUGUAAAGCCAUUUUGGUUACAUGACCAUAACAUUGGUCAUAUUGCGUGGAUUAGCAGUAAUGUCCCUUGUUCAACAGCCCUUAACCUGUGUGAUUGGACUGAAUUAUGUGUGUCAGUAGGCCGCAUAUAUAUAUUUUUGUUAAUUCCAUAUAUCAAUGUAUCAAUACUCAAAAAUAUGUCAUGAAUUAGAUGCAACAUAAUUCACCAAUUCAGAAAGUACUUCACAAUUCGUUACGUUCUCAUCCAUUUCUGUUUUAAAAUAGUAUCUUAGUACACAAACAUGAUUUCAUAAAAGUAACUUUGCGUUUAAUGGUAUUGUUAGUAGUAUCAUGAUAACAAUAAUUCACUUACUGAAAUAUUUUCAAUUCAAUUUAAUUGUCCGUGUGCACAAUCUGAAACCAUUGUUCUUCGUUGCCUUUGUGUAUCGUUUCCUUUUAAAUUUUUGGGAUUAGGCUGUACUACAUUGGGAUUUGUGGUCUUUUUGUUCGCCGAUGUAGGGAAAGUGAAAUGUAUAAGCGUUGGAUUCAGUCUUUGCUGUUUUACAGAUAAAUCUUUUUGUUUUUACAAGGUUUCAUGAGUUCGUUGCUGUGACCUAUGAUUCAUUGUUCUUAUGCGUUAAGAAAUUACAAAUUGUAAAUUUAUCACAAUUAUUUUAUGAUUUAUAAUGUUUUUGACAAGUAAAAUUAGUAGGAUCUUUAAAAAUAUAUCACUACAAUUACGUAAUUCACAAGUCAAUACUGUUCUGAUAUUUUUUUUCAAGUACCUAUAAAGUCUUCCAGUAGGACUACUAAGUGUGGGCCUGAUAUGGAAGAAUUCCACUUCCAAACUGUCGAACAAAACGUCGCGUCAGCUUUUUGUCCUGUCCUUCAUCAUCCUCUUAGUUAUAUAUAUGUACUUCAACAAAAACAAUUCAUCCUACGCGAGUCUUUGCUGCCUCGUAUCCUCAAUAAUUGUAUAUUACACAUUUGACCGACUCUUCAACAUUCAUCGCUAUCCAAAUGUAUUGUCUGCAGCGCUUACUUCACGAAUCAAUUAAGUUAUCCGCCGAGAGACAAAAGCAAUGAAUUAAGUUUUUAUAUCAUAUUUUAUACAAAAAUAAAAAGAUCGAUCUCCAUUAAGAAUAAAAAAAAGUUUAACAGAUGAGUCACUUAUAAAUCUAAAAUGAAGGUUUUGUUAAGAAUGUAUAUCAAAAUCUAGUCACAACUGAGAAUUAAAUUAACAUUCUUCUAUUCAUUGAUAUUCUGCAAUAAUGGUUAUUUCAUCAGUAUUUGUAAAAAAAAAAUAGAAAGAUUGUCAUAACUGUUUUUUUUUCUUUACUUAUAUCUUUGCUUUUUUACAUUUUGUGUAUUAUUAUUGUAUUAUUAUUGUAUUUUUAUUAGUAUUAUGCUUGAAAAGAACGAGUAUACAUUCUCUGGCGCAGCCAGGGUCGAGAUUUGUUAAAGGGAAUCAAAAUUCAUCUUAGUCCCUUUAUCAGUUUCCACCGAGGAAUUUUCUGGUGAUGUGGCUGGUCUGCAGAAGUACCGCCCUCUGACAGGCAACGAGAAUUUUCCUAGGAAUGCCAAAGGCCUUGAAGGUAUCUGUGAGGUCAGUUGUUAUUAUUCCCUCGGUUGAUAUGACAAUGGCUAUAUUGUUAUUUUAGAUAAUUUCCAUAAACGCUUAAUCUCCAAGCCAAGGUUUUCAUAUUUUCGUUGUUUUUCAAGCUCAGUUUUUUUUUAAAUUAUGAGACAGUGGUGCGACGAUGUCAAUAAUGGUAGCAGUUUUUUUCUUUUUUAUCGAUGAACAGCAGAUCAGGGCGAUUAAAAUCUACCGUUUUGUCAGUCAAAAUAGGCCUAUGCCAGUACAGUAGAUGUUCCGUAGACGCGAGAACCUCUUGUGGUGAGUAUUUGUAAUAUGGAGGAGUAUCCUACCGAUCAAAUUGUGUGUCAAAGCCAAGUGUUGGUGUAUUAGCUUUGCGACUUGGUUAUGGCGACCUAGGUAGACUGAUUCCGAUUAUUAUUAUUAUUAUUAUUACAAUUAGUAGUAGUAGUAGUAGUAGUAGUAGUAGUAUUGUGGAUGAUCUAAAUAUAACAUAGAUUGUGAACGCUUUUUUAAGCGUUGAUAACUUGUAAAACACUAAACUAUCUUAAUAUUGUUUUUUAUAAAUUUGAGAUUAAGUUUGACUUCUUUGUGCUUUUUAAUUCUUCUUAUUUCAAAACAUUUUAUCCCCUCUCCAGUUCUUAUAUCAGUGUUAAUAAUUCAACAAAGAAAUUUAAAAGUAAAAUACCGUCUAAAAACAAUUCAAAUAAUUUAGUCUAAUUUUUUAAAGCCAAAUAGUCAGAAAUGUGGAUUAUGUCUGUAUUACAUAUCCAGGAUGGCUACCUGGUCGUGCGGUUUGCGCGCUGGACUGUCGUUCGCAUUUAUCGAUGGUCUCGAGUUCAAACCCUUUCCGCUCCCGUCCCCCGUCGUCCUGCGGGAGGUUUGGACUAGGAAGUAAACUAUCUUCAACUCUGAAGAAAAGUCCGAAACUUGUAAAAUUGUUACAACACACUAUACCAGAGUAAAUGAAGUGUCAUUUUUUUGUUUGCUAUUCGAUUGUCUGGAGAGAAAAAGCCAGGAGGAAGGUUUGGGAGGUAGUAAGUCAUAGUCUAAAAUAGCGGUAGUAAUCUUUUACAUAUAGAUUUUGUUCGAACGAUGUAAAACUAUUGGAUAGUCAGUUUUCCCUGGCCUUACAACAAAGGGCUUUCAUUUGUCAGCCUGAAUAUUUGCUCAUGCUUAAAAUCAUAUGAAAUAAGCAUUUUCUAACAAUAAGUGCUUCCUAAAUGGAUGUAUAUUUUGCUUUCAAACAAUGAUUUCUGCUUUGAUACAAAUCACUUUUCUUUUACAUUUUCUUUUGUACUCAAAUUCAUUUAUUUAAAGAUAAAAAUAUAUCUCCUUCUUGCUAUUCUCAUUUGACUUACUGAAUGAGAUUUUAAUCACUUUUUAUACUGUUGUAAUAGUAUUUCGUAUCACACUAUGAUGUGUUUAUUAAAUAAGUAUGUAUACAUUGAAUGGUAUCGUCUUCUUGCAAUUUUAAUGUUACUUGGUGAAUGAGAUAUUAGUCACGUAAGGAAAAAAAUGAUGUUCUAGGACUCUAGGAAAAAUAAGUUUAAAUCUUUACUUGAAUGAACGCCCCAAACGAAUAAAACAAACAUUUAUUGUAUCUGUAUAUGUAUUUUCACGAUGAUCUCCCCUGUUAGUUUUAAUUGUUCACCUUGAUCGUUCAUAUCCGGUUUACACUUUUUCAAUGAGGCAUUAUUGCACAUUUGUAUACAUGGCUUGAAACUAUCAAUACAAGCUUUUUUGGUGUAUCAGCUGUACACAAUAAAUAAAGUGUAGAUACGUUUUUUUAAUAAUUUAUAUGAUAACUUUUGUACUUCUUAUAGCAUUGCAAAAUCAUAGAUCAUUUUUUAAAGCUCUUUCCAUUAAAGCCUUUAUUGAGUCGGCAAUUUUGAAUUUAAAUUAAGUGUCCUUAAUAUUGAUUGGCUGUUCUUGAAAAUUUUCCAACGCUUCAAGGAGUAACCACUAACCACUGUAAUGAUGAUGAUAUAUCUUGUGAAUAUCGAAUUUUAUAGAAUCAUGUACCACAUCUUUACAGUGUUAAGCUUUUAAUUAUUUCUCUGUUUCUUUGUUUCCCUUAUAUAAAAAUGAUUGUUAAUUGAUUCAGUCGGUAAUUGAAUACUGAACAUACUAAUUUUUUAAAUAAUAUUGUUUUAGUUUAAUUAUUUUUUAAUGGAUUUUAUAAUAACCAAGUAAACACUAUAUUUUGUGUGUCUGCUUAUCUUACAUAAAAUAAAAGUGACAUAAUCCGGAUACCUUAUAAACUUUUUACGUGCUGACCUAUAUCUUUUAACACAUACAUAUUUUAUUUUUCAAUUACUUUCUAUGCCAUUUUGGUUUUUAAUAAACUCAAACUUUAACUAAUAAAAAGCUUUCAUAUACAAUUUCA